CAUUUGUACUUGACAAGAAUCCCCGCUUAAAAGAUGGUGUUCAGCCUCCAAACCUUCAGUUUUACCGAGUCCGUCGAAGACGAUCCAACACAUCCUAAAGGCUUCUCUCUAAAGGAGCUCCAAGUCGCGACAUGCAACUUUAGCAGCAAAAACUUGGUGUGGGUCAGUUGUCGUGGAAAGGUUUACAGGGGGCGCUUGGCCGAUGGUUCGCUAGUGGCAGUAAAGAGAGCGUUCUAUGGCGCUCGGUGGAGGGAAGAGCAGUUCGAAGCAGCAAUGCAAGUGGGAAGCACAGUUUCGACGCACCCAAACGUGCAAUGCCUGAGGGGCUUUUGCAGGACCAAGAAAGAGCUCUUACUGGUGUAUCCCUUGAUGAUCAACGGCACCCUAUCUUACCAUCUUAGAAAGGGACUUCUCGAUUGGACCACUCGCAAGCGAAUAGCCUUGGAGGCAGCAAGGGGGCUCGCUCACCUUCACACUCAAGGUAACAUCAAGAUCAUGCAUCCGUACAUCUGCGCGGCAAGUAUACUGCCGAAUGUGCAAUUUGAGGCCGUGAUAGGGAGUUUCUGCAUUGCCGUGAUCAUGCAUGAGAGGAAUGUCGGGAAAGGGACUAUUGAGUGGCGCACGCGCACGCCAAGACGUGGCACAGGAAUCUCAUUCUCCUCCCCAUUAGAAGAAAAUUCAGCUGAUUCUCGCUUCGAUUCUCAAAUCCAUCAUCACUACAAAGAUGUUUAUGUGGACACCAUCGCCUGCGGCAUAAUUGGGUUUACUGCCCCCAAGUACUCCUACACAUGAAAGUGCACGCUGAAAAAUGAUGUCUUCGCAUUUGGGAAAAUGCUUCUCAAACUCAUCUCGGGACAA